GAGAAGAUCUCUUCGAAGAAAAACAAGUAAAUACGUGAUGGGCAUCUUAAAUUUCCUGUUGGAGAAAAGAAAUUUAAAAUAAAAUAACUUUAUUAUGUUAGACCGUUCGACAUAUGCAAAUAACUCGAACUACAUAUUUACACAUAACAUAGUAAAUAUGGCGGCUAGUAAGUUUACAUCUCGCUAAAUUCCAAACUAGGUAUUUCCCUAGCAUAAUAAUGAAGUAAUAUAAUUUGUACGAUAAUGUAAACAUGGUGAAUGUCCUAAAUGACUCUGAUAGCGAGGAUGAAUUACCUCCUGGAUGGGAAGAAAGGGCUACUGUAGAUGGAAAUGUUUAUUACGUAAAUCAUUAUACGAAAGGUACACAGUGGACACAUCCUAGAACUGGACGUAAGAAAAUUGUUGAAGGAGAAUUACCAUCUGGAUGGGAAAGAUGUAUAUCUGAUGAUGGUAAAGUUCUUUUCGUCGAUCACAUGAAUCGUACUACUACUUAUACUGAUCCUAGACUAGCUUUUGCCACAGAAUAUAGAGAAAUUUCACAACCAGUAAGGCAAAGGUUUGAUGGAAGUAGUACAGCCCUUUCAGUUUUACAUGGUCGAGAUUUACGUGGUAAAUUAGCACUUGUCACUGGUGCUAAUACUGGAAUAGGUUUUGAAACAGCUAGGUCAUUAGCUUUACAUGGUUGUCAUGUUAUACUUGCUUGUAGAAAUUUCAAAACAGGUGAAGAGGCAGUGAAAAAAAUAAGACAAGAAAAAGAAAAUGUAAAUUGUGAAGUUUUAGAAUUAGAUUUAACAUUGUUACAAAGUGUACGUAAUGCUGCAGAAAAGUUUAAACAAAAAUAUAGGACUCUCCAUAUUUUAAUAUUGAAUGCUGGUGUUUUUGCGAUUCCAUAUGAACUUACAAAAGAUGGUUAUGAAACAACAUUCCAAGUAAAUCAUCUUUCACAUUUUUAUUUUACACUUUUAUUGGAGCAUCCAAUACGCAGUUGUCAUAAUGCAAGAAUAGUAUUUGUCUCUAGUGAAUCGCAUAGAUUUUCUUCAAUACAACAUGUAGAAGAUAUACAUCCUUUAACUUUAUCACCACCUAGAUAUUAUUAUUGGCCAAUGGGUGCAUACAAUGAUUCAAAACUUUGUAAUAUAUUAUUUGCACAAGAAUUAUCUAAACGAUGGCCUGCAGUAAGUGUAUUUAGCUGUCAUCCUGGUAAUAUGGUUUCUUCAUCUUUACCUCGUUAUUCGUGGGUUUUUCGAAUAUUGUAUGCCAUAGUGAGACCUUUCACCAAAUCAUUGCAACAAGCAGCAAGCACAACAAUUUUUUGUGCAACUGCACCAGAAUUAGAAGGAGCAACAGGACUUUAUUUUAAUAAUUGUUACCGUUGUGAUCCCUCCAAUUUUGCACUAGAUUCUGCAUUAGCAAGUAGGCUAUGGUCUGUUUCUCAAGAUUUGAUCAUAAAUGUUAUGAAAAAAGAUAAACUUUGGCAAGAAUUAGCUUUAAAAUAAUUUGAUAAGGUAUUCCAUGAAUAUAUAUUCUAAUUUCUUUUAUUGAUAUCAUAUAUUUUAAAUGAUUUAAUAUAAGACUAAACAUGUUUUUAUAUUCAUUAAAUAUACAAUAUUUUAACUAGCAUAAAA